GAUGAAGAGGAUCGAAAAGAUUACUGUAAAGGAGGGUAUCAUCCAGUGCAUGUAGGUGAAGUAUACAAAGACGGCCGAUACGUAGUUAUACGCAAACUAGGCUGGGGUCACUUUUCGACAGUGUGGCUAGUAAGAGACUUGAGAACUGGCAAUCAUUUUGCUAUGAAGGUAGUCAAGUCGGCUGAACAUUACACCGAAACGGCUUUGGAUGAAAUCAAAUUACUAGAGCGUGUAGCCGCUGCUGACCCUAAUGCAGUUGGCUCAGAUUUUGUAACGGCCAUUGUGGAUCAUUUUAGGGUGACAGGUCCAAAUGGAACGCACAUAUGCAUGACUUUUGAGGUUUUGGGCGAAAACUUAUUGUCGUUGAUCAAGCGCUACCACAAUGGAGGUAUUCCAGUCCACAUCGUCAAGCAAAUAGCUAAACAGAUGUUGCUCGGCCUGGAUUAUCUCCAUCGUCUGUGCGGCAUCAUUCACACCGAUCUUAAACCAGAAAACGUGCUUAUGUAUCUUGACAAUGCGGAAGAGCUUGUACGCCAGUCAGAGUCCAGCUCUGCUGGGCUCGAUAUUAGCCCUGCCCGUUCUCAGACGACACCCGAAGCCGACAGUCACAGUAGAGGAAGAAGUCCAGUCCGGAAACGGCACGGAAAUCACGUAAAGAUGGUUCAGUCGCAACCACUUUCAUCCGGAGCAGAGGAAGAUGUUCGGGGUCGUCGACCAAGGAACGGCAGUAAGCGUACCCGUUCAAGGUACUACUUGCGCUGCCGUAGAUCUCCAGAAUAUCCCAAAUCACGGUGGAAAAAAGGGCGGGAAGACAUGAAAAUUAAAAUCGCAGAUCUCGGAAAUGCGUGUUGGGUUACCCACCAUUUUACCGAAGAUAUUCAGACACGCCAAUAUAGAUCACCAGAGGUUAUUAUAGGAGCUCCUUGGGACGCUGGGGCAGAUAUCUGGAGUUUGGCCUGCUUGAUCUUCGAAUUGCUUACAGGAAAUUACCUUUUCGAUCCUCGAAAGGGAUCAAGAUUUACUAGGGAUGAUGAUCACCUCGCACAAAUGAUCGAAUUAAUUGGGCCAAUGCGUCGUACCUUUAUUCAAUCUGGAAAGGACUCCAAUCAAUAUUUCAAUAGCAAGGGCCAGCUCCGACACAUCAGCCACCUCAAAUACUGGCCACUUAAAGAUGUACUUCACGAUAAAUAUCAGUUCAACCGUUUAGAGGCUGAAGAGAUCGCUAGUUUUUUGGGACCCAUGCUAGAAUAUGAGAAUAGGGCAAGGGCCUGUGAUUUGCUUGACCAUCCUUGGAUCAACGGGGUCGAUCCAAUUCUUGAAGGCGAACGCGAAGAUAAGGCUAACUGGAAAACCGAACGUCCAUGGAAAGAAUGGGAACAACACAAAAAACAAAAACGACGUUAG